UGAAACGGCAUCGUCAAUUUGGUGUGUCAUGUUUUGUAUGGAACAAUAAAAAUAAUUUUAAACAACAAGGAUGGCACUACUAAACAUGAAGGUAUCGUGGCUGGAAUGAUGAUGCUCAUUCUUCCGAUGAUGUCUGCUUUGACGUGGACAACCAUGAAAGACAAUAUGACCAUCUCUCAUGUAUCACCUCCGACAACCUUCACAAUUGCGACCAAGUUGAGCGAACAUGCAGAGGAACUGUUGAAUACGCUGCAUCAACCUGUUUCCCCACGCGCCGCAGGAACAUUGGCCACAGUCGUGCAGCUUGGCGAUUUCCAUGCGCCAAAGGAUAACCAUUUACCUUUUGCUACUUUUUAUCCAAUAAUAGUUUCACUGCGGUUGGAGCUUCGUGGUUUCGCUGAGGAUUUCCACUUCAGUGUCUAACAUGCACACUGGAACACUGAUUAUUUUCCUGCGCGAACCUCUGGUAUUCUGAGGAGUAUGCUAUGCGUCUCUGAUAACUCUUUAACCGGCAGAAAUCGGAACAGACGUUAAAGGUCUAGCCUUCUUCGCCUUUUCUGAAGGCAGACGUUGUCCAUCACUGCGCUCCAUCACACUUCUUACAAACUGCUUCGCUUCUCCGACUGGCUACUGACAUGCAGUCUUUCAUAUCCCCGGUGACAAAGGCAAUUUUAGUGGCUUUGUUCAUUUUUGCCAUUUUGCUGAUUUUGUAUGUCAUAUUGUGGUACAUAUGCAGAGAUGUGGAUUGUGAUCACGGUAUCUGAUUUCGGAGAUUCAUCGAGCAUCGUUGACAUGGAAUAGUAGAAGGCUAUGGAGAAGUCAGGGUGACCCUGGUGAGUCCAAUGAUUUGCCUAAACAGGAUGGGAAAGUGGCGAUAGUGACAGGAGGAGCCAGAGGAAUGGGCUAUGAGACCGCAAGACACUUGUCUACGCUGGGAAUGCGAGUUAUCAUAGCCUCAAACCAUGACACUGAGGGUUUGGCAGCGGUGAAGAGGAUCCGUGAAGAAAGAAGUGAUGCACAGGUUGAGUUUGAGCACCUCGACCUUGGGUCCCUGAACUCAGUCCGGCACUUUGUGGAGAGGUUUAAAGAGAAGGGGAUUCCACUACAUGUCCUUGUCAACAAUGCAGCUGUUAUGCUGGUGCCGGAGAGGAGGACGGCGGAGGGCUUCGAGCAGCACUUUGGCAUCAAUUACUUGGGCCACUUCCUCUUGACCACGCUCCUCCUGGACACCCUGAAGCAGUCUGGCCAGGAUGGGGCCCGCUCGCGCGUCGUCAACAUCUCCUCCUCCGCACACUACGUGGGCCACGCUGGCUUCAACGUUUCCGAGAUAAGGCCACCACCACACUACAACUACAGUCCCCAUGCUGCCUAUGCCCACAGCAAGUUGGCGCUUGUUCUUUUCACGUACCGCCUGCAGCAAGAGCUCACAGCGGGGGGAUUUCCAGUGACAGCCAACGCCGUGGACCCGGGCAUGGUGGACACAGCCUUGUACCGCCACUUAUGCAGCCCCGCACAGCUUGCCAAGAGCCUGGUGGCAAGACUGCUAUUCUGGUCUCCAGCCCAGGGAGCCUCCACUGCCAUCUUGGCAGCUGCCGCCUCUGAACUAGAGGGUGUGGGUGGGUGCUAUCUGCACAACGGGCGGAAGACCCGCUCCUCCGCGGCCUCGAACGACGCAAGCCUCCAGGCCCAUCUGUGGACACAGAGCUCCCGACUGGUGGGCCCCUUGUUGGAGCCGUGCCGAGCAGACUGACGUGGAACGGUGGAAGGGGAGCCCCCCUGGGAGCUGCUGCUGUCGGAAGUUCCACCGGGGGACUUGGAAGAGGGCUGACGUGGAGUUAACCUGCUGCUGUCCCAGUAGAGGCAGAAGAGUGGUAGCCAACGCACCACCACCACCGCCACCAACACCAACCCACCCUCUUCAGCCCCAGGCUCAAGUCAUCAGGCAGGAUUUUCUUCUUCUGUAGUUUGUUUUUCGUUGGAGGGAUUCAGUUUGGCAGUUGGCACACAGCCCAAUUGAUUUUUUUUGUUGGUGUGUAUGUCAAUCUCUGUACUGAUGAACAGUUAAAGGCUGUUAGUAGCUUGGCAAAUGCGGAUGCCAUGCCAUAAUUGUGGACAGAAAUCUCCCUCACAUCUGCAGCCACAAAACUAAGAAUGAGGAUUACUUGUAAUAAUAUAAUAAUAAUAUAAUAAUAAUAAUAAUAAUAAUGGGAGCCCCUGCCUUUGCUCUCCUGCACACCCUGUGCAUACACUGAUGUAGCCGCUGUUUGAUCUUCCAGGAGAGAGAGAGAAAGAGAGAGAGAGCGAGAGAGAGGUAGAGGUAGAGAGAAAGAGAGAGAGUGAUGGGGGAAAAAAAUCGAAGAUGAAAAAGAAAAGCACCUUGGCUCCACAGGUAAUGCAGUCUGUGGUGUAUUGGCCUUCAAACCCCCUCUGUGAUGUUUUGUUUUCCUCCCACGGAUCUUGUGACAUGCCAUUGUGAUCUUUAACCACUGUGAUGAUUUUAUGAUGUUUGAUUUUUCAUAAUUGGACUACUCCUUUGGGUUUAUUGGCUGUGUGUCUCACAAAAAGUAUAUUCUGCCUAAUGUCUUUGUGCAUACGGAUUUAGUAGUGUGGUCUCUUUUUUUUGCAAGCUUAAUGAGAAUUCGAGAGCACAUGUUCAGUAACACGAUUAAUCGUCUAUCACGAUUACAAAGGACUAAAUGUUUUGAGUCUGUGAAAUGCUACCCGGUCUGUGUAAUGGAACCAUGUGCACCUUUCCUUUUGACUUUGACACAGGUGGUACAUUCCUAAUGGAAAACAUAAAUUCUUAAUCAGCUUGGCAAAUAUGUCUGAGCUAAUCAGAGCCGUAGACAGAAUUGUUUCUUGAAAUAACCUCCAAUUGUCCUUGUGUGUGUGCGCGCGCGUGUGUGUACAUGCGUGCGUGUACGCAUGUGUUUGUGUGCAGAAAGCAUUCAUGCACUAGAUCAAUAGAAUUUUCUACUGGUGGCACAAAUACCACUUUUCCCGUCUUCAUUUUUUUCACAUUGCUUUGUUUUGUUUUCUCCAAAUCCUCGUUUUAUCUUCCUCUCUUCGUAUUGGACAUGUUUCCAAUCUGGUGAUGAGCAUUUUAGUUUGCCAUCAUCAUCAUACCAGGAGGACACAGCCAGCCGCCAACGCGCCAUCUGCAGAGCAAGCCGUGCGCAAACAAACACCAUCCGAUCCGAUCGGCUCUCGGAGUAGCAGCCAGCAGCAGCAGGCUUUCGUUUCACAGAGCAAAUGUUCAGUUUUAUGAAUGACAACUACUUACUACCUUGUGCCACCACCACCGCACACUGUGUACCACCAUUCAUCACUGAAAUCUAUUUAAAUCUAUUUAAAUUCCAUCUAACAUGGACCACCCCCCUGGCUCCCUCCCUCAGGUGCACCUUAGCUGCAUUCCCCAACCUGGCUGCCUUGUAGGCAAUUGUGAUGUGGAGUGGUGUGGAGUCCCGGGGGUUGAGUGGGAGUAAUAACAAUGAGAUUGCAGCAGCAGCACCCGUCCCUUUCCCUUCCCUUCCCUUCCUUUCCUUUCCUCUCCUCUCCUCUCGCAUCCCAACCGCAGCAGCAGCCUCUAAUGAAAUUGACAUUGCAGCUUAGCAUAUCGUUCAGCCUGUGAAUUGAAUGUGAAAACCAGAAUGUCCCGAGUGGUUGUGUUGUGAGUGAGGAAGACGAGCGUCACUGCUGGUCCAGCCCUCCCUCCCUCCCUCUCCGCUGCUGCUGCUGCUGCUGCUGCUGCUGCUGCUGCUGCUGCUGCUGCUGCGUCUCCCAAGGACCCAGACGGCUCUGGACAGAAUGCCUUGGCAGCAGAGGUGGGAGCGGAGGAGAGACAUUGGACACAAGCGUGUGAAGCUGACCCUAAGACGCUGUCAGGCUCGUGCUGUGUGUAAUGAACUGUGUGCACAUGUGUUUCCUCGGUGUGUUGUUUAGGGAGGACUGCUGUUGGAUGUACUAAGAUGUACUUGGUGAAAUGCGCAAGUGUUUCUCAUUAGUGCUAAACGUUCUUUCCCCUUGAUGUCAUGGCAGACCGCGGCCAGGUUGGUCGUCAUUGUGCUUUUUGGCUGACCGCAACCAGUUUUCCAUCAUGUCCGUGUUCCAACAAGUAAUGCAGAAAGUCAUUGGACUAAGUGUAAAACACACAAAUUAGGUAUAUCAAAUCUAUGAACUGCCUAAGAAGGAGAGAAUACACAUUAUUGACCUUAUGGAUUUUUUUGUGAAGAAGAUUCAAAGUUCACAUUGUGUGUUUUUGUUUGUUUGUUUGCUUGUUUGUUUCAAAACUUUCACUUUCAAAUUGGCACACAAGAUAACAUGUCAUCCCACUGUUCCAGAAGUCCACGUUAACACAAUUGCACAGUAAUGCUACAAUAGAUAAGAAAUUUCUACUUUCCUGAUACAUGUUGUUUGGUGUCCUCAACGUAGAUGUACAAAAAUGUGGCAGUCUUGUGUAUGUUUUUGUAGUCUGUGUAUUGAUGUCUUUACCAGCUGAAUAUUCUCUGAUAUCUGAAGGUCAUUUUUUUGUGCUAUCAACAGUGAAGAAAGACUUUCUUUUGUUUAGACAUUAGACGUUAAGGUUAGAGUAAGGUCUUUUUUUCCUUCCAUAUGUCCCACUUUUUGGUGGGUUUUGGGCUACUGUGUUCUUCAGGUUAAGUUCAAUUAGCCACUAAAGAAACUGAAAAUAAGUUAAGCACAUUUUUUUGUGCAAGCGGCCCAUAGGAGGACCUGUAGGGAUGGCAUUUAUAUUAAAUGUUUACAUCCCUACACGGUACCUUACAAUCAAAUGGGUAUAUGAUUUGAAUGGUUAUGUCACUGACUAACACAACAUUUUUGUAAUGUUGUGAAGAUAUUGUAAUUAUUUGUCUUAUUUUGAGAAAACAUUUGCUUAAUAGUCAUAUUUUCCCACCUGUGCCAAAAGCACCUUUUACCUUUACCAACAAUAAUGUUUAACUGUGAACUGAAAAUAUAAAAGAAAUGUAGCAAUUGAAAAGUAAGUGUAAUGAGGAGUGUUGACUGAAUUGUGGAGUGAGAUGUAACGUAAUGAGACAAAGAAUCUACAGGAGGUUUCCCUUCUCAAUAUAUAUAGUGUUACCCUUUUCCAUUUUAUAUCUUUACAAUUAUGAAUAGAGAAUUAUUUAAGUGGUAAGAUGUUUAUAUUUUAGUGUGAUAAGUCAAAUAUUUUUGUUUGAGUUUGCGGUGUGUGUUGUUCUCGACGAUGUAGCUCAAGCUUUGAAAAUGCUGUCUGCCAUCUUUAAAAAUGUCCAACCAAAGGCCCACUGAGGUGAUUCACACAGACUGCCGAUGACCCUCUCUGCAACCUAUGAGGAAAGUACUAAGCUCACUGUAAUAAAACAUGCUGUGCUGGAGCUCUUUGGAAAUGUAUAGUCCCAUUCUCAUAUCACUGUGAGAUGAACAAUGACAAAGCAAACUAAUAAAAUAUUACAAAUGUUCAA